AUGCCGAACGUCGAUGGCUGGAAAGCUUUCACAGACUACAUGUGUAGUACUUUGACAGAGGAGAUGCAAGCGUUGCUGGAAAAUAAUAUGGGAACAUCCUGCCUCCUCGUCACCGGUGGUACUGGCACUGGUAAAUCGUCUUUCAUUAAGUGUAUAACCACCAAGGACGUGUAUGUCGGGUCUACCCUCGAGUCAGGAACAAAAUCAAUCAGUCUGGUUCCCUCCGUCAUUCAUGAGAAACUCUACAUGUUCCUUGACAUGCCCGGAUUCAACGCGGAUGACCUGGAUGACUGGGAAACCUUCUCCAGGCUCAUGAAUGCAAUGGCUGUGCUGAAAAACUAUGUCGUAUUUCGUGGCGUGAUAUACGUGGACCCUAUGGAUGCACCACGGGCUUCGCCUGCCGCAAGGAACAUGCCCACCUGGCUCUCUCGCUUCUGUGGCAUUGAAUACAUGCGCAAUGUUACCGUAGUCACCACGAAGUGGGAUCUUCUCAGCGCAGAUGGGAUUGAGCAGAGGCUUGAGCGUGUGGGAUAUUGGAAAGAACAUCCCUUAUAUCAUGAUUUUGUCAACUACGAAUCGGUCGUGUACCACCAUGGGCUUGUGCAGGAGAACGGAAAUAACACAACACUCAGCGAGCGAAAGCAAAACGAAGAGAGAAAGUUGGGAGCAGAAAACAUGAUUGCAGAGCGCUACCGCGACCCCUCAUCUGUUCAACUUCAGGUUGAUAUUGAAAUUGAGAAUGGGGCAUCCAUCUACAGCACGGAAGCCGGAAGGUGGCUGAAGAGGUUUGAGCCUCGAAGCGGAUCCCCUGAAAGCUCGACAUCUUCCCAAAAUGAUGGGCAACGUGGCCCAGGCGAAUCAUCCGGAUUCUGGGCCGGCAUUCGAGCGAAAGACUGCGUUGACCUUUUCGUGAAUGCUGCGAAAGUAUAUAGGUCAAUGACUGACCCGGUGACAUUUAGUGCGGGACCUUCUUUUGACUCCUUUGAAAGUACCGGGGUGUUUGAGGACGUACCUUUCUUCGGUGAGUCUUCGUCUUUCGAUGGUUUUGAAUGA